AUGGCAAUUUCCAAUGGUGUCACCAACAUGCUCCUCCAUGAAGUACACAUUGAAUCCGUCCAGACUAUAACACCUCAUAAGAUCACUGAUCCGCGGCCGAUACUUAGCGUGUCGGCCGCAGAUCCUACAGGUUUGGGAAUAUUCCAAAACUGCCUGCACAUCCUUUUAUACUACACAAAAGCAAGCCAAGAGGAGUCAGGUUGGCUCCACGCCGGUUGGAUCAAGGAGUCACUCUCGAGGGCUUUGCUGGAGCAACCGCUAUUUGCUGGCCGUUUUCGUGUGAAUGAUAGCGGUGAGAUGGAGAUUAUAGGAAAUGACAGCGGCGUUAGACUGGUCGAAAGUCGUUCUCCGAUGACCAUGGCUGAGUUUCUGUCUUACAAGGACAGUAGGGAGGAUACGGAAGAAGAGCUUGUGUUUUGGAAAACUAUUGAUGAGCAAAGUCCUCAGUACUCUCCUCUCUUUUAUGUUCAGGUGACGUAUUUUCAGUGUGGAGGGAGUUCAGUGGGAAUUAGCUGCAGUGUUGUCCUAGCAGAUCUUAUGUUCAAAGAAAAUUUUCUCAAGAAAUGGGCUGACAUCCACCACAAUCUGCUUUCAGACAAGAGACUACCUGUGACACCCUUUUAUAAUUCCAUAAAUGUUGGAAAAAAUGGAAAGUCUGCCAACCAUAUAUUCGUUUCUAUUCCUAGUAAAAAAUGUGGCAAGACAAUGAUUUUCAGUGUUGCAGCUGAGAAUGUGGAUUUAGAUGACGACGAUGCAUUGAAAAUCUGUGUUGAAGAAGCAGAGAGCAAGUUUGGUUUUGGGAAGCUGUUUGUGAAUAUCAACAGCUCAUCCUGCAGUGCAAUCAGGAUCAAGAAUUUUCGGAAAGAAGGACUUGAUAAGUCGAAAAUUAAGGGAAUUGCUGAAGUGGGAUGGGAUGUUUUCGGGGCUAAGGAGGUCGCAUUUCGUGAAGGGAAUAAGCCGGCUGGUGUUUCAUAUUGGUUUGGAUUCAUUUCUGGUGGACUUGUAUUGGCAGUUCCAUCUUCAGCUGAUGGGGAGGGUGCUUAUUCAGUGAUUGUCACAGUUUCUAAUUGA